AAACGCUGUUGAAACAGACUUCACACAUGGCAGGCAUGUUUAAACCAAUUCAUUCCGCAACGUCCAAUGAAAGAAAGCAAGAGCAACACACUUUACCCGACAAAAAACCGUUGACAACUGCUAUGCCGACUGCGGCAGUGACCACUUCUUUGGACCAAGUAGCUUCAAGCCAAGACGUGCUACGUUCCGGAAAGCGUCAUGACACUAAACGGAAGCAGUUAACAGAUUCCGACGUAAACGAGAUGAUGGAGUUUGUUUACAAGACGAAUAAAAAAGUCGACAGAAUUAUUCCUGCGCUGACUCAUCUGUUGGGAGAACCAGAGCCGUACAUUUCCCUAGUGGACGGAAGCACGGACAGAGAGGGCCGCGUAGAAAUCUACCACAAAGGCGAAUGGGGGACCAUACCUCGCGAGAUCAGUCAUAUCGAGGCAUCGUACAUCUGCCGGAAGCUAGGAUACCUCGGUGGAGUUUCAGCCGGAAGUGGUCACUUUGGGCGUGGAUCUGGUGCAUUCUGGGACCUAAACGUCACCUGUCUGCGCACGCGCUGGUGUAAUUCGGUCGGUCACGUUGAAAAUCCCUCCACGUACAGUCACGAAAUGGACGUAGGGAUUAUUUGUGACCACAUGGUUCGACUUACAAAGAGCAGUGACGAAGACGAACCCGAAGUGUCACGACAGUCUGGAAGUCUGGAAAUAUAUCAUCAAAACAAUUGGCUUCCAGUCUGCUUCGAAAAUUGGGGACGCGAGGAAACGGAAGUCGUUUGCAAACAGCUCGGUUUUGUAGAGGGCGCAGCACAGUCUGAGAAAGACGAAACGUUAGAUGAUUCCUAUUCCAUGACCAACGUCACGUGCACCGGAAGUGAAAAUAGACUCGACGCAUGCGCAUUUGACGGAUUUACAUUAAAUGGCUGCCCAUCUUCCGAAUAUGUAUCGGUGAUAUGUAGUUAAUUUGUGGUUGAACACAUUAACUUUAUAAAGACAUUGAAGCGUGUUCACAUAAUAAAAAAGGACAAUUUUAAAAUUGUCAAGAUUCGGAUCAGAUUGUUGUUAGGGAUCGAGGCCAAAGUUGUUAUCAAUUGUUUUAAUGUUGUAUUUACUUGUUUAUAUAUUAUUGUUUUGUUGGUAAAAAUAUAUAAUGAUUUUUUUAUUCGAAAAUCUGUGAAAAUGUCCGUUAACAUGUAUUAUGUAUUACGAAAACAUUUCUCAUUUUUCAUUUAAGCUUAUAUGUUUUUUCACAAAUCGAAAAUUAACAUGUUAAUUCUGUCAUUCAAUGAAAGUUGAAGUAGAGUUCAUACAAGUGCAGCAAUGGUUAUAAUAUGUAAGAUUAUGCGAUUAAAAAUUCACUGUGUA